GACAUACAUGUAUAAUGAAUGCUGAAAAGAAAGGGAAGAAGACUCGCCUUUUGAGGUACCUUAUUGCAAUAGCAUCGAUAAAAAUUGUUUUCGGACUUAAUGAAGGUAAAUAUCCAGCGUCAUUACCAACGUUAAACGAAGUUCCAGAUUGUCCUAGGAAUAAGGAAGAUUGGCAGGAAGCUGCAGAAAGAAAGCACUGUGAUCGAAUAAAAAAUACUGACCACCCUCCGUUUGUAUAUCACUGUCUGAUAAAUGCAUGGGCAAAUGCAACUGUCGAAGUUUGUGCUCCAACGUGGUAUAUAUCGGGUUAUUGUGCAAUGUAUAGUGUUCCAGAUGCUAGAGUAAUUGAUAAUGAAAAGUAUGACUGCACAAAAUACACCCCUCCAUGUCCAACACGUUACUUAUCAUCAGAUGCUUACAAUUAUAGUGUUUGCUACGACAUUGCAAGACCUAAAACAAUUCAAUCCACGUCACUAGUCAACAUAACACAGGAGAGCUCAACAGAGAGGUAA